CGCCCCUCCCACUUUCUGAACUCUGAAUUGAAGUUCUCUGAAAAAGUUCCCUUACAUUUACCGAUCUACAAAUCAUACCUGCUGGUAUCUUCUGCCGCCAUGUGAUCUACACAUCUCUUUCUGUGGACCUGCACCCGUGGGAGGAGCUCCAAAAUAGAGCUCUGAUUGGCUCUCCGGUCUUCACGAUGCGUCGUGAUUGGCUGAUUUUCUGUGCCUGGUCUGUCAAUCCCCGCGGUGGAGCGAGUUCGGUUGAGGUGUUGGAAGUUUAGUAGUGCGCUGGAGAAAGUGCUUCCGUGUGAAAUGAGCGAUCAGCAGAGUGGCAUCACCACCAUGGUGGAGAAGGAUGGAGCAUCUCAAAAGAAAGCCAACAGUUCAGGACAGGAAGCCCAGCAGCCAUCUCCUCUGGCUCUUCUGGCUGCCACAUGCAGUCGCAUUGAUGAAAAUGACACACAGCAGGAAGCAGCUCAGAUGGACUUGAACUCUGCUCAGAUGUCUCAGAACGCUAACGGCUGGCAGAUCAUCCCUCAGAUCAUUUCUCAGAUAAACAGUGGAGGUGAUAGAGGCAUGUCCCAGAAGCAGGGUGGAGGUGAGAUGGAGCAGCAGCAGCAGCAGCAGCUGCAGCAGCAGUUUGUUUUGUCUCCUGCAGCGUUCCAGGGUCAGCAGGUCCUCACUGCUCUGUCUGGAGUUUUACCCAACAUUCAGUACCAGGUCAUUCCUCAGUUUCACACCGUGGAUGGACAGCAGCUCCAGUUUGCUCAGACAUCCCAUGAUGCUUCAGGAACAGGAACCGGACAGAUACAGCUUGUUUCAUCAGCCAGUGGGAGCCAGCCUCUCAUCUCUGCAGCAGCCAAUCAGACUGCAGGAAGUGGAAACAUCCUCACCGUUCCUGGAGUGAUUCCUCUUCAUAACCUGACAUUGGGAAACUCGGUCCUGACCAAUCAGACGCCGUUUAUUAACAUGCCGUUAGCGCUUAAUAACAUCACUCUACUUCCUGUUAGCACAGGAGCUAACACCACGAAAAGCCAUGAAACCAAUCAGCAGCUUGUCCAAAACCAACAAACAACGAUAGCAGCAGUGUCCACACCAGAGUGUGUCAGCAGCACACACACUCUAAGCACACACACUCCCAGUUCCUACGCAAACGCCAUGUCGGCUCAGGUGACCACCGGCGGCUUCCAGAACGUCACCGCAGGAAUCUCGGUCCAGUCAGAUGGCAGAGAUGGACAGCAGAUCCUCAUCCAGCCUCAGCAGCUCCUUCAGGGAACAUCCACUUUACCAACUGUCCAAUCAGGAGCUGUUUCCACAGGUCAGGUGAUCACAGCGCAUGCUCUUCCUCAGGACGGCUUGCAGAACUUGCAGAUCCCAUCGCUCAAUAACGGGCCGAUUCUGCUGAGGACAGUGGGGCCGAACGGACAGGUCAGCUGGCAGACGCUUCAGCUCCAGAAUCCUGCUGGAGCUCAGAUCACCGUGGCAUCACUUCCUUCUGUGACAUCACUUCCUGCGCUCACUCAGCCUGGCACAAUCAACCUAAACAGUGCUGGAUUUCACAUGCAUCAAUUACAGGAUGUUCCGAUCUCCAUCAACACUGCAGGUGACCAGGCAGCUGCAGAUGUCCUAGACGACUCCGUGUUGGACCAGAGUUUAGACACGACGCCACCGAGUCGCCGGUCCCGCAGAGAAGCGUGCACAUGUCCAUACUGCAAGGAUGGAGAUGGGCGCACUGACCCCAGUAAGAAGAAGCAGCACAUCUGCCACAUCACAGGCUGUGGGAAGGUUUAUGGGAAGACAUCUCACCUGCGCGCACACUUGCGCUGGCACUCAGGCGAGCGUCCGUUCGUCUGCACAUGGGCUCACUGUGGAAAACGCUUUACUCGCUCGGACGAGCUGCAGAGACACCGGCGAACACACACUGGGGAAAAGAAGUUUUCAUGUCCAGAAUGUCCGAAGCGUUUUAUGCGCAGUGAUCAUCUGUCCAAACACAUCCGCACUCACACGAAGAAGAAGCCGAACGCCGAGAGCGGCUCUGACCAGACGUUCAUCGCCAUGGAGACGCUGUCAGCAGACAGCAUGGCACGGUUAGCGAGCAGUGGCAUCAACGUGGUGCAAGUAGGAGACAUCAAUCCCAUCAGCCUCAACACUAACGGCUUCUAACCGCAAUCAACCAGGUUCGGCUGGCUGGGGUACAGGGUGGAUGUGUUUUUUUUUCUGUAUUAAAUCCCACCUGGGAGUGAGUGAGUUAGUAAUCCUUCCUUCCUCUUCACGUUAGUAAUCCUUCCUUCCUUCCUCGUCACGUCCUCCAGCGUUCUGACGUCCCACGUGUAUCAAAGUGAAUAAUUUAAACACUUAUUGCUUUCUUUUUGUAUAUAAAUUAUAUUUUUCUAAACUCUGUGCCUUUGCAUUGUGUAUGAAUUAUGCACAGUCUUAAUGUUUUAUAUAAAAUUAAGUCGCAUGAGAGCUUACUGCGUGCCUGUGUGAUCUCACCUGUGAUCUCUCACGUGCACACACCCACUGUAUCAUGCUUAUUCUCAAUAAAUCAUCUUUCUGCAAUAAAAGUACAGUGAAUCA